AUGGCGCGGAGACAGGAUCCAGAUUGUGCUACACACCCUUUAGCCACCUCGCUCUCUCAAUCUCACGCCCCGGGUCACUCUUCGUGGUCUCUGUGGUCUGUGGGGGAGACACACCACAAGCAGGUCUUUCAAGUUGUCUGGUUUGACUCGCUUGCCUGGCAAGUUGGUUGGGCUCUGAACGUCACUUUCGCCGAUAUAUAG